AUGAAUUCUAGGUUAAUUCUAGGUUAUAUCCCACCAAAGAACUGCUCUUGGUAUUGGAAGCAAAUUUGCAAUGUUAAAGAGACCAUGAAGCUUCACUACAAUGAAGAUGAGAUGAAGAACAUGAUACACUUCAAGAUAAAGGAGGUGUAUAAUAAAAUUACAGGAGAAGGGGAGAGAGUUUACUGGGAUAUGAUGAUCUGGAAUAGGCUAGCAGUGCCUAAACACAGAGUGAUUAGCUGGCUAGCUAUUCAAGGUAGACUCAAAACAGCUGAUAGAUUAUGUAAAAUGGGUGUUAUAACUGAUGAUCAAUGUAAACUCUGCUGUGAACACACAGAGAGUCAUCAACACCUAUUUCUCCAAUGCUCCUAUGUAAAGAGAUUCCUGAAGUAUGUUUUUGAAUGGCUGGGUUUUAAAAGCAGGCAGGAUCAGUUGCUAAGACUAAUGAUGAUGAUGAACAGCAGAAGAGGAAAGUCCAGAGUAGUGAAGCAAAUACAUGCUGCAGUUAUCACAGCUAGUGUUUACUAUGUCUGGUGGGUAAGAAAUGAAGUUCAAUGGAACAUGAUUGUCUGGAGACCAGAGAAGUUAUAUAGAAUCAUUAGAGAGUGUAUAGUUAUGCGUGUUACCAGUGUAUUGCCUAGGAAGAUUUCUAGCAAAGAUAUAGAAUGGUGGGAAAAUGUAAAGAGUAAAGUGUAA